CUACAACCACUGCCCACCUUGCCAUGAUCGUACUAUUGCAAAAUGAAGGAACUUGCUACUUUUGACUCUGUAAGACCUGCACUCUUCUUUCCACUCGCUGCCAUCUCAUCUCUGUUCGAUUCUUCUUUUACUACAUCAUGGUGGACUCGUUCUCACAAAAGCUUCCGCAGGCGAAGGGCAUCCUUCAGAACCUCGUUGUUGUCGUUUCGCUUGUCCAUACUUUGAUGGACUCGUUUGGUUCCGCUAGCGAUCUAUACAAAAAGCUCAAAAGGAAAGAGAAAAGGAUCGAGGAAGAUGUAGAAGUGUUGAAAGAGCGCCACGGCAUGUCACCCCGAAGACGAAGUGACUCCGACGAUUCCGACGAACGUCCUGACCGACAUGGCGGCCGAAGCAGGAGGAGCAGAAGUAGGGGAAGUCGGCGGAGCGCAGACUACAGCGACAGCGACGAAGAAUCGAUGUGUACAUCUGGGGCACUUGUGCGCCAGGAGUAUGAACGCGGAUACCGACAUCUUGGACAAAAGUUUGCUGUGGGAGAUCUAAUUACCCAAAAUCAACUCCAAGCGCAAAUAAUCGCAAUGCAACAAACCAUCAUCACCAUCUUCCAAGAAUGCGCCCUCAUCUACGGCCCCCGAACUAACCCCGUCUCCCACCACCUCGCCACACUCCUCAACACAACCCGCGCCGCACGCUCAGGCUCCAUCGAAGCUCUUGCUCUCCAAUACCAACGCAUGCUCACGGGCGUCGGAGUCCCCGAGGGUCUCCCUGCCCCACCAUUAGAAGGCGUUACAAACGAGAUCGUGAUCCGCACAAAGCCACGUGCAAGAGACCGCAGCAUGGAUUCCAACACCACCACCCGCACCGGUCCCACUGCUAUCACCGAGCGCGAAGUCCCCCGCGGCUUAUUCUGCAUGUAUGCAGUUGACCUCCAGAAACACGCCGACCAGCCCUUGGCAGACGCAUACAAAGAAGGCGGCGAUGGACGGUGUCCCUACUGCAAAUUCCGAAUCCCCACUCGUCCCGGCAAAGCCUGGGAAAUCGUCAAGGAAGACGAGAGGAGUAAGAUUGGGAGGGAGAGGGUGUUUUUGCUCGAGAAUCGGUUCGUUGUUAAAUCCCAUAGAGAUGGGGGGCCGUAUGCUUGUGUUCUUUGCAGUGUGCAUAGGGAGAACGACACUGUGUGUGAUAGCGUAGCUGCGCUGGUGGAUCACGUGUGGCAGGACCAUUUGUGUGGGGAGUUUGAGAAAGAGGUGAAUAUUGUGGAGGUUGGAUGAAAAGAAGGCUGGGUUUCGAGACUUUAGUGCGAAAGAACAAAGAGCUUAGAGCAAAGGCUUGCAUAGUGCCGUGGUCCGCCGCGGACCCAUCGUUUGGUAGAGAAGACAGAUCGGAUAGAAACCGUGAAGAAAGGAAAUGAGAGGGAGU